GAGAAAUAUUAGAAUCGAAACAUGAUUUACAAACUUAAAAAGAAUUUGAGUUUGAGUUUAAAAGUAUUUCUGAAUAUUGUAUUGAAUUUAAAAAGCGCAUCGUCAAGGCAUAAAUAAAGUGUUGUUCACCUUGGAUUUCAGUGUUUUCAAUUUUCAAAAUCGGCCAGGUAUUUCUCCUUCUCCUAUUUCUCCUAAGGUUAGCCUUACGUAGAGCACGUGCAUGGUCUUCCUAACACGAUGUAGACGGACAAACCGAACCGAACCGACGAUAUGUACGGCACCCUCUCUUUUGGCAACGGCAGCAAAAGUAAGAGAUCCUCGGCCGAGUUCCACACAUUCUCAGCGUUCCACAGGAGGCGGCUGAGACAGCCAGCGUGUGACGAAUGCAGAACAGCUCGUGUCAAGUGUCGAGGGGAUCCCGACAGCGAGAACUUAAAGUGUGCCCGUUGUCAAGGUACCAAUAGGGCGUGCACAUACAACUCGGCGAGCUGCUGGUCCCGAAACUCACACUCUGGGAAACCGACAGAGCCUAGGGAAACUAAGCGCACCGCCAGCGUCACAGUUGAAGGCAACGAAGAUGAGAACGGGAAGGAGAACGGGAAGGAGAACGGGAAGGAGAACGGGAAGGAGAGCGAGAAGGGCAACUCGUUGACGCCGUCAAUCCCGGAGUCAGCAUCGAGUGCGAGUCCGACCCCGACCCCGCAAGGCCCGACAGCACCACAAGACACACAUACUAGGUGGUGGGAGUCCCAAUAUGAGCCCUUGGAUCUGUUUUUUGACCAAGACCCAGCCACAGACAAAGCCAUCGACGGGUCUCCAAAUCUUGUGCCUCCAAAUCGGGUUGAUGCGGAUGUUUCGUCGGCCUCCGUGGACGACAAAGAUGGGGUACUGCACCUCCUAGACCUGGAGUUGGUUUCGAAGAGUGAACAUAAUGCUCCUCACUACUACGACUUCUCAGCUCCAGGCAACGAAUUCCGGCCAAACUUCUCUUUACCAACGCCGUCCCUUUCGUCGACGCCCACACGCACGCCCAGUUUAGUUUGGAGCACGAUGAUUCGGCAUAACGAACACCAAAAAAGUCCAAGUCUGUCGUCAGACGUGCAACUCGAUCCUCCCGCAACUCUGCAGCCCAAGCACCACACUCAGGACGACACCACUCAGCCUUUAUCAAGUACUGGGUUUUCCGACCUUAUAGACGUAAUGAGAUUCGCAAAAAACUCGUCCCCAUCUGGAUCAGCGACAUUGACUCCGAGCGCCUGCACAUGUCUCCAGGACUUGACUGCAACCUUGUUCAGUCUUCGAAGGCGGCCAGAAAAAGCGCAGGUCGACCAGUUCUUGGUCCUCUUCACGCAGGCCAUGUGCAAAUGGGAGGCGGUAGAGACGUGCACGUCGGCACGUCAUAUCUCUCAGAGCCUUGCGCUUCUCAUGCUGAUGAAUAUCCAGGAGUUGCUCGCACUGCUUCUCGACGCUUCCUCAUCGGUCAACGCCGCGGAUAGUCCAUCCGGAGGGCGGGACUCCAGCCUAGCGAUCAACAUAGGGACUUUCACUGUGGAGAAUGAGGCAGAUCAGAAGAUCAUUGCCCAGAUGCUUUUGGCAGUGAGGAUGAAGGAGCUAUACUCGUUCAUCACGAGGAUGAGCGCUCAGAUAAAGCUUGCCGGCUUCGAUGAUAUUUGUAUGGACUACUUCCAUCAGACAGAGAUCGUGAGGAGAGCGGUUACCUCAUAAAACAUCCUGUUUCCGGCGUUUUGGCUCAUCGGUGGGCGUUGGGGUUGGGAUUCCUAAAUUAGGAACUCGCUGUUUCUGGCA